CAAAACUGCGAGAGAGCGAGUGGCGAUAGAAGGGAAUAGCAAAGCGGCGCUGGGGGCGGCCAUUUUAGGAGUAUCACGGUUGCAGAAUACAUCUUCUGAAAUUGUUUUUCUUGAGAGAGCUAUAUAUUUUAUUAUAGGCGAGGAUAUAAGAAGGUUGUUUUUAUUUUCCCGUGUUGUAAUUCGAAUUUGGGAUGCAGAUCAGAAGGUAUAAACAUUUUGCAUCCGUUGUCGGACUGGUCCUCGGACUAUUAUGUGCGGUGGAGGCAGCUAAAGUUAAUAAGCACAAGCCAUGGAUCGAGACGACGUAUCAUGGCAUCGUAACAGAAAAUGACGACAAAGUACUUCUGGACCCUCCACUUAUCGCCCUGGACAAAGACGCCCCACUGCGCUACGCAGAAAGUUUUGAGGUGACCUUCACCAAAGAAGGUGAGAUUUGUGGCUUCAGGAUCCAUGGGCAGAAUGUUCCCUUUGAGGCAGUGGUCCUGGACAAGUCCACGGGUGAGGGAGUCAUUCGAGCUAAGGACAAGCUGGACUGUGAACUCCAGAAGGAGCACACCUUCACCAUCCAGGCCUAUGACUGUGGAGAGGGCCCCGACGGAGCCAACAUGAAGAAAUCUCACAAGGCCACUGUCCACAUCCAAGUGAACGACAUCAACGAGUAUUCCCCAGUGUUCAAGGAGAAGUCCUACAAAGCCACGGUCAUCGAGGGUAAGAAGUAUGACAGCAUCCUGAAGGUGGAGGCAGUGGAUGCCGACUGCUCAUUCCAGUUUAGCCAGAUCUGCAGCUACGAGAUCGUCACCCCAGAUGUACCCUUCACUGUUGACAAGGACGGCUUCAUCAAGAACACAGAGAAGCUGAACUACAGCAAAGAGCGCAUGUACAAACUGACGGUGACUGCCUACGACUGUGGGAAGAACCGCGCCUCAGAAGAUGUGCUGGUCAAGAUCAACAUUAAGCCCACCUGCAAGCCCGGCUGGCAAGGUUUCAACAAGAGGAUUGAGUACGAGCCUGGCACAGGCAGUCUGGCCCUUUUCCCCAGCAUGCACUUGGAGACCUGCGAGGAGCCAAUCACCUCCAUCCAGGCCAACAUCGAGCUGGAGACCAAUCACAUCGGAAAGGGCUGCGACCGAGACACCUACUCUGAGAAGUCCCUGCACAAGCUAUGCGGCGCCAGCGCUGGCACGGUGGAAUUACUGCCUGCACCAAGCAGCUCUGCCAACUGGACGGUGGGUCUGCCCACAGACAAUGGGCAUGACAGCGACCAGGUGUUUGAGUUCAACGGCACGCAGGCCAUCAAGGUGCCCGAGGGUGUGGUGAGCACCAGCCUGAAYGAGCCCUUCACCGUCUCUGUGUGGAUGAGGCACGGCCCCGGGGCCAGGGAGAAGGAGACCAUCCUCUGUAACUCGGACAAGACCGAAAUGAACAGACACCACUACUCCCUCUACGUCCAUAACUGUCACCUCAUCCUGCUGCUGCGUCAGGACCCCGCAGAGGCGGAGAACUACAAACCAGCUGAGUUCCACUGGAAACUGGACCAGGUGUGUGACAAAGAGUGGCACCACUACGUGCUGAACGUGGAGUUCCCCUCUGUGGCUCUCUUUGUAGAUGGGGCCACCUUCGAGCCCUUCCUGGUCACCGAAGACUACCCCCUGCACUCCUCCAAGAUUGACAUUCAGCUCACUAUCGGGGCCUGCUGGCAAGACAACCCAGGACAUGACAAAGACAAUGAGACAGUCUCUGAGCCUUCCACAGGCGGCAACGCUCGCAUGUCCCAGUUUUUCCGGGGGAAUCUGGCCGGCCUGAUGAUCCGGUCGGGAAAGCUGGAGAACAAGAAGGUGAUCGACUGCCUGUAUACCUGCAAGGAGGGCCUGGAUGUGCAGCUGCCUGAGGAGGUGGCCUCAGCCGUCAAGGUGGCGUUCAACCCCAACCAGUCGUCGCUGACCGUGGAAGGCGAUGACAUUGAGGCUUUCGACAAGGUCAUGCAGCACAUCUCCUACCUGAACUCACGCCAGUUCCCCACCCCCGGCAUUCGACACCUCCGCGUCUCCACCACCGUCAAGUGCUUCAAUGAGGAGACGUGCAUCUUGGUACCGGAAGCGGCGGGAUACGUGAUGGUGCUGCAGCCCGAGGAGCCCAAGAUCAGCCUGAGUGGCAUCGACCACUUUGCCCGCGGCGCUGCAGAGUUUGAGAGCCCUGAGGGCGUGACUCUGUUCCCCGAGCUGCGCAUCGUCAGCACCAUCACCCGCGAGGUUGAGGCUGAAACCGAGCCAGAGGCCACAGAGGCCACAGAGGGGGCAGAGGACGACCCCACAGUUCAAGAGACGGUAGUGUCGGAGGAGAUCAUGCACAACCUGGACACAUGUGAGGUGACGGCGCUGGGCGAUGAGCUGGACGGAGAGCAUGAGACCUUGGAGGUAGACCAGGCCCAGGUCCAGCAGCGCGGCUUGGAGAUGACCUCCUCCAACCUGGGUCUCGUCCUGACAGGCGUCAACACCAUGGCCAACUAUGAGCAGGUCCUGCACCUGAUUCGCUACAAGAACUGGCACACAGAGGCUCUCUUUGACAGGAAGUUCAAGCUGUUCUGCUCCGAACUCAACGGCCGCUACAUCAGCAACGACUUCAAGGUCGAGGUCAAUGUGAUCCACACAGCCAACCCCAUGGACCAUGCUAAUAAUGCCAUGGUGCAGCCCAAUUUCAUCAACCCAGUGCACCACGCCUCUGUGGACCUGUCCGGACACAACCUGGUCAACGCUCACCAGGCUUCAGUGGUCCCCAGCGCCGCCACCAUCGUCAUUGUGGUGUGUGUCAGCUUCCUGGUGUUCAUGAUCAUCCUGGGCGUYUUUCGGAUCCGGUCAGCCCACCAGCGCACCAUGAGGGACACAGAGGGCGGCAAGGAGAAUGAGAUGGACUGGGAUGACUCGGCCCUCACCAUCACAGUCAACCCCAUGGAGACUUAUGAGGACCAGCACAGCAGUGAGGAGGAGGAAGAAGAAGAGGAGGAGAGCGAGGAAGGCGAGGAGGAAGACGACAUCACAAGUGCUGAGUCGGAGAGCAGCGAGGAUGAGGAGGCCGGAGAGCCAGAGGACCAGCAGGGUGCCAGCAGACAGCAGCAGCUGGAGUGGGACGACUCCACACUCACCUACUAACAGACACACACACAUACACA